AUGCCGACCUACAACAUCGUCGUUUUCGCGGGCGAUUACUGCGGUCCGGAGGUUACUGCUGAGGCGUUGAAGGUCCUCCGUGCGGUUGAGAAACACCGCGAUGAUAUCACUUUUAACUUUCAGGAUCAUUUGCUUGGUGGGGCCUCGAUAGAUGCUACUGGCGUGCCGUUGACAGACGAGGCGCUGAAUGCUGCGAAGAAUGCGGAUGCUGUUGUCCUUGGUGCCAUUGGAGGGCCGAAAUGGGGAACUGGCGCCGUCCGACCAGAGCAAGGUCUGCUCAAACUGCGCAAGGAGCUGGGCACCUUUGGCAACCUCCGACCCUGCUACUUUGCUGCCCCAUCCCUGGUGGACAUCUCCCCGCUCAAGGCCGACGUCUGCCGCGACGUCAACUUCAACAUCAUCCGCGAACUGACGGGCGGCAUCUAUUUUGGGGACCGCAAGGAGGACGAAGGUGAUGGCCAGGCCCUGGACACGGAGCCCUACUCGCGCGCCGAGAUCGAGCGCAUCACCCGCCUGGCGGCGCACCUGGCGCUGCAGCACGACCCGCCGCUCCCCGUGUGGAGUCUGGACAAGGCCAACGUGCUCGCGACCAGCCGGCUCUGGCGCAAGGUCGUGUCGGAGGUCAUGGCCAAGGAGUUCCCGCAGAUCAAGCUGGGCCACCACCUGAUUGACUCGGCUGCCAUGCUGAUGGUCAAGGACCCGCGCAAGCUCAACGGCAUCAUCGUCACGAGUAACCUGUUUGGCGACAUCAUCAGCGACGAGGCCAGCGUCAUCCCGGGCUCGUUGGGCCUGUUGCCCAGUGCCAGUCUGAGUGGCAUCCCGGAUGGCAAGAGUAAGGUGAACGGUAUUUAUGAGCCGAUUCACGGCUCUGCCCCCGACAUCGCCGGCAAAGGCAUCGUCAACCCCCUCGCCGCAAUCCUCUCCAUGGCCAUGCUGCUGCAAUACUCGCUGAACCGCCCCGCCGAGGCGCGCCUCAUCGAGACGGCCGUCCGCAACGUCACCGAGGCAGGCAUCCGGACUGUCGACAUUGGCGGCAAGUCGUCGACGAGUGAGGUGGGCGAUGCGGUUGCCGCUGAGUUGGAGAAGUUGCUGCAGCAGUAG